AGUAAGCCGUGUGCCUGACCUAGAGGUUACACUUAUGAAAACGGCAGCAGAUACAUUUCGACCAUUUGAAUUAUGAAACAAUUUGAACUGGGAAUUAUACAAACAUCAAACAGAUCAGCUUUUGUCACUUAGUGGGAUUCUACCGGGCUGGAACGAACUAAGAACGGUUCGAUUUUUUUUUUUUACCACCACCGUACAUUUUGAAAGAAGUGGUGAAAUGUAAUAUUUAUUAAUACGGAUCAAUUUAACUUUUUAUAUGGAGAAACUAUAUAUUUUUUGCGAUUUUACGUUGGUUCUGAUGCACUUCUAUUCAUGGCUGGAGCAUUGACCCUUUGGUAUGGAAUUUGCUGACAACUUAAUUGAAGCUAAGAAGAUAAGACACUGAGUGGAUACAAGACACCGGAGAAAGGACCAGGUCUUCGCGUUUUGGUUCCUGAAGCUACGGAAUAGUCAUUGGUUAAGGACAUGAAAGGGAACGUUGUUCGGGACAAAAGGAUCUAUGAUUAAAUUUGCACGGAGUUGUCCAUGGUGCUGAAAGUUUGGUCCCUUGAGGAGACCGAGACGACAUCAAUGUCAGAUUGUGAUUGCUCUGUUCUGCACUUUUCCUAAUAUGUCCCACCUCCAAAAUUCAUAAUGGGCCCUUGAAUGGUAAUACUGUAGAUUCAUGGCCUGUGAAGGACUUUAACGUGGCCGUAACGAGCUACAAUGUUUUAUCGUUGUCCACAUCUUGGAGACUUCUUGUGGAAGAAAUCAAGACUCCAAGGUUCCCAUCAUCUACCAAUCCGGAGACCUUUAAGAACGUUCCCGUUUCAUGUGCUCCUCUGUUUUAUUCUGAUAGGAUUACUCAUGAAACCUUUGGGUGUGCAGAGUGUCAACUUCACAGUGGGUGUGGUUGGUCCAUGGAAGUGCGACACCCUUUUCUCCAAGGCCUUGCCAGAAUUGGCUGCUCGAUUGGCAGUGACCAAAAUCAACAAUGACUCGUCGCUACAGCUGGCUCACACGCUGGAUUACAAAAUUCUGGAGGAAAACUGCGAAACCUCCAAAGCGUUAAUGGAAUUUCCAAACUUUGAAAAAUUUUCUUCUGCAUUUAUAGGUCCGCAGAACCCUGGAUACUGUGAUGCUGCAUCGCUUUUAGGAAAAAACUGGGACAAGGCCAUUUUUUCCUGGGCUUGCGUAAACCACGAGUUGGAUACGAAAGACAGCUUUCCAACAUUUGCCAGGACUAUGCCAACUCCAACCAAAGUUUUGUAUCUUUUUAUGAAGUAUUUUAGAUGGGCUCAUGUUGCGGUGGUGUCUUCCAAUGAAGACAUCUGGGUGGACACUGGAAGGAAGGUAGCUAGUGCGCUAAGAAAUCAAGGACUUCCCAUUGGUAUUGUCACAAAUAUGGGCAAUGGAGAGCAAGGUAUUAUAGAUACGUUGACAGCUAUAAAGAACACAAAUGAUCUCAGAGUCAUCAUUAUGUGCAUGCAUUCUGUCUUAAUUGGAGGGGAAGAACAAGCCAUCUUUCUCAUCAAAGCGCAUGAAAUGGGACUGACCGAUGGAAGAUAUGUCUUUGUACCCUACGACACUUUACUUUACAGCCUUCCAUACAAAAACAACUCGUACCCUAUUUUUGACAAGUACAGCAAUCUGCUGGCAGCCUAUGAUGCUGUGCUGACCAUCACCAUGGACUACGAGGAAAAGUCGUUUUAUGAGGUUUUUGCCGAACUCAAAGAGAAGGGGGAAAUCAAAACCAAUCUGGAGCCACAGCAAGUUUCGCCGCUGUUUGGAACCAUCUAUAAUUCUAUCUACUUACUGGCCAAAGCCAUGAGCAGCGCCUGGAAACAAGGGGCCUGGAUGUCGGGAACCAAUCUUGUGGAAUACACAAAAAACCUGGACUACCCCGGAUUCACACAUAUGUUGUAUACAGAUGGCAAGGGGAAUGGGCUCAGCAGCUUUGUAGUCUUAGACACUGAUGGGAAAAUGAACCAGCUAUUCCCGACCUACUCAGUGGAAGUUGGCACCAAUUUAGUGCGCUUUUUAGGAAAGACUAUACGGUUUCCAGGUGGGACGCCGCCGACUGCAGAUUCCAGCUGUUGGUUUGACCCGGACACGCUCUGCAUUGGAGGUAUUGAACCAUCGAUUGUCAUACUGGUGUUUGGCCUGGUGUUUGCCUUGGCUCUCUGUGGUUUUGUGGUCUCCUAUCUUAUCAGGCACAGUCUCCUUCAGAUACAACUGAUAAAAGGGCCAAACAAAAUAUUACUAUCCAUGGAUGAUCUGACAUUCAUCAACCCCAAACUGAGUAUGAAGAAAAUUAAUAUCGAUAACAUUAGUGACACCAAAAGCAUCUCAGACUGCAGGAGUUUGAAAUCCAUAGCUCGUUCCCUGUCUACAAAAAGUGCAGUCAACCAUGAGAAUUCCAACGUGGCUGUUUAUGAGGGAGACUGGGUGUGGCUGAAGAAAUUUGAGCCAGGGCCCUACCACGAGUUGCGUCAGAGCACGACCAGCACACUGCGGAAAAUGAAGGAUCUGAGAAAUGAGAACGUUAACCCUUUUCUGGGCUUUUUCUCUGACUGUGGAAUCUUUGCCAUUGUGACGGAGCAUUGUUCUAGAGGAAGUUUGGAGGAUCUGCUCAGAAACGACGAUGUCAAAUUAGACUGGAUGUUUAAAUCGUCACUGCUUCUAGAUUUGAUCAAGGGUAUGCGAUAUUUACACCAUCGUGACUUUCAACAUGGACGCCUAAAAUCCCGCAAUUGUGUGGUUGAUGGCAGAUUUGUCUUGAAGAUCACUGAUUACGGUUAUAAUGAUAUUGUGGAGACCCAGAAAGCUCCACGGCAGACUUUGCGUCCUGGAGAAUUGUUUUGGACAGCACCAGAGCUACUUCGAGAUCAAAAUCUGGCCAGGAGAGGAACAUUUAAAGGCGAUGUCUUUAGUUUUGCUAUCAUAUUGCAAGAAGUGGUUGUCCGGGGUCCACCAUACUGCAUGUCAGGACUUUCAGCAGAGGAAAUCAUCAGAAAGGUCAAAAAGCCACCUCCAUUAUGUCGACCCACAGUGGCCCCUGAUCAGGCCCCACUGGAGUGCAUUCAGCUCAUGAAGCAGUGCUGGGGUGAACUACCAGAAAGAAGGCCAACCUUUGAUGAGAUUUUUGACCAGUUUAAAACCAUCAACAAAGGGAAGAAAACGAACAUUAUUGAUUCCAUGCUGAGGAUGUUGGAACAGUACUCCAGUAACUUAGAAGAUUUAAUUCGAGAAAGAACAGAGGAACUGGAGGUGGAAAAGCAAAAAACAGAAAAACUUCUCUCCCAAAUGCUUCCUCCGUCUGUCGCGGAAGCUCUAAAGACAGGAGGCACGGUGGAGCCGGAAUACUUUGAUCUAGUCACCAUAUACUUCAGUGACAUCGUUGGCUUUACCACAAUCUCGGCACUCAGCGAACCCAUUGAAGUGGUGGAUCUUCUAAACGACCUCUACUCUUUGUUUGAUGCAGUUCUGGGCAAUCACGAUGUUUACAAAGUGGAAACAAUCGGUGAUGCCUAUAUGGUGGCAUCAGGUCUUCCCAAGAGGAAUGGAAACAGACACGCGGCAGCCAUUGCCAGCAUGUCACUAGAUAUCCUGAGUUCUGUGGGCACCUUCCAGAUGAGGCACAUGCCUGACGUUCCGGUCAGGAUUAGGAUAGGUCUGCACACAGGGCCAUGUGUAGCUGGAGUUGUGGGCCUUACUAUGCCUCGUUACUGUCUGUUUGGAGACACAGUGAAUACUGCUUCACGAAUGGAAUCCACGGGAUUGCCUUACAGAAUUCACGUCAACCAAAGCACAGUGGCCACACUUCGCACUCUACCGGAAAACUAUAAAAUAGAACUUAGAGGAAAAACAGAACUAAAGGGAAAAGGUAUAGAAGAAACCUUUUGGCUAGUUGGAAAAGAUGGAUUUAACAAACCUUUACCAAAGCCUCCAGAUAUAAAGCCAGGGUGUAUUGCCCAUGGUUUAACAGCGGAGGAAAUUGCAGAGUUCAAAAGGAGGAAAGCUGAAAAGAUGCUUUCUAAAAAGGAGGCAGAGGGAGGACUGGCAGGAAAUGGUAAACAAGGAAAUUAAAUCUAUCUUCUGGAAAACCAGGAAAAGUUUAUCUUUGGCCAAAAAAGCAGCAUUAGCAGGAAUUUUGUAAUGGUCCACCUCUAAAUUCUCUGGAGAAGGAUGGGUUCUUUUUUAGAGGACGCCGUUACUGAAGAGUUUCUUGGAGUGAAUGAGAACUCUUUUUAAGGCAGAAGUUUUAACAGUUGGAUGGAUAAAGUUGAGGAAGUCUCUCAACUUUCUGCUUUGAGGCUGGACCAGAUGACAUCACAGACAAUGUAGUCGCAUGUUAGAGUGUUUGCUAAUGAUAUGUUUGAACACACUACUGCAUUACAAUGGUGGUCAUCCACAACAGACCGCAUGGAGUGUCAGUGCUCCUCUCAAGUUCAGACUUUGUCGGGUGUCAUGACCCCAAAAGUUCAUAAAUAUAUGUUUUAGGACUUGAUUUUCCUUCAAGUUUCGCCUAGUAUGUGUAUAUUGGUUGGCUUGUUUUAAAUAAAGGAAAUUGCUCAUUCCAAUGGA